CAAACACCCUUUGUUCUGACAAUGUCGGACACGGUUUCUCAGCCACGGCAAAAAUCUCAAGCGCCCCGGAGUCAUCGACGUAAACGAGCAAAAGAACAGAGGGACGAGAGGGGAGAAGUAAAAGAAACGACUAAUGAACACGAUUACGAUAGGACACCAAAGGAGUCACGUUUAAAACGCGCAAGAACCAAUGGCAAAGGCAAAGAAAAGGAUUCCGAACUUGAGCUAGGCGAGCUACCCAAUGACUCAAGUAGAUCGUUCGAGAUCGGCGACGAAUUCAUACCGUUUGCGGUCAGUGAUAAUGAAGCAGAAGCACCACGAGAAACGCAUGGGGAUGGCUCGCGCGAUGGAGGUGGUCGUGGAACAAAACGAACGUACGAAAUGGUCUUUGAUGAUGAAGAUUUGCGGGACUACAGAAAACGCAGACAGGACUUUCCGUCCCCUUCAAGAAAGGCUCCUUGGCUUGCCAAAGUCGACUGGGACGGCUGUCGCAAUGUUGCAGAGAUGUUGCAUCGUGAGGUUGAGGCAUUCGUUCGUUACAUGUCACCAACUGAAGUCGAGGAGGAAAUUCGAGGACUUGUAAUCACUCUUGUUUCGAAUGCUAUCACGAAUGCGUUCCCAGAUGCCCGGAUACUACCCUUUGGAAGCUAUGAAACCAAACUAUACCUCCCUAAUGGGGACAUAGAUCUCGUGAUCAAAUCAGAUUCGAUGGCCUACAGUGAUAAAGUGAAUGUCCUACGGACCCUCGCCAAUGUUAUCAAACGCGCGCGGAUCGCUUCCAAAGUUACCCUCAUUGCCAAAGCCAAAGUGCCCAUCAUCAAAUUCGUCACGAUUUAUGGCAGGUUAAACGUUGAUAUCAGCAUAAAUCAGGGUAAUGGCGUCGUCGCUGGCGAUAUCGUGAACGGCUUUCUUAACGGCAUGCGCGGGUGUGGGUUUGCACUCCGGAGUCUGAUCAUCAUCGCGAAAGCAUUUCUAAAUCAGCGGUCGAUGAACGAAGUGUAUACCGGCGGUCUGGGCAGCUACAGUAUUGUCUGUCUAGCAGUCAGCUUCCUCCAGAUGCAUCCCAAGAUUCGCAGAGGGGAGAUAGACGCAGAGAAGAAUCUUGGAGUUUUGGUUAUGGAGUUCUUCGAGCUCUAUGGUUGCUAUUUCAACUACGAGGAAGUAGGAAUCUCCGUGCGUAACGGUGGCUCAUAUUUUAGCAAGAGACAGAGAGGAUGGUACGAUUUCACAAAGAGGAACCUCUUGUCCAUUGAGGACCCUACCGAUUCUUCGAAUGAUAUUUCCAAAGGCUCUUACGGAAUUGCGAGAGUUCGGCAGACUCUUUCAGGAGCCCACGGAAUCAUGACAUCAAUUGCCUUCUUGCGGGCUGGGAUGUUGAGUGCACGCAGGGAAGGGCGGACGUACCCUUUACGUGGACACGGAGAACCAGAGGAUAUGAGCAUUUUGUCCAGUAUACUUGGCGUCACCCAAGAGACAUUGAACAACCGAUUAUUAAUCCAAGAAGUUUAUGACCAGGGGUUGCUCCAUAAGCUGCUCGGAACUUCUCCCAAACCCCGUAUAGUUGUCGCUGACGUCCUCGAAACUCCUGCUCAGGGCAAGUCGUCAAUGACUGCAGGCAGCACCACACGCACAGGGACCCGGGAGCGUAGCGUGGAUAUGUUGCUCGAAACCGACGAUGAGUCGCUACCGCAGGAACCCAGCGGUUCCCGUCAAGAUAACGACGAACUCGGUAAAUACCAUAUCGAAAAGCGGCGCACUGUACAAAGGCAUGAAGCUAGUCAGUCAGACGAGCAACCCGAAUUUACCGCCGACGAAGAUGAUUCAGUAGAUGAGGAAGAAGCGUACUAUAAGAUGGGUAUAUAUGACGAGGCCUCCGGUGAUGAAACGCGAAGUAGGAUGAGCAGACGCAGAUCAUUUUGGCUCUCCAAGGGGACUGGGGUCAACAGCGCUGAUGACAGCAGCUGAUGGCAUAUUACAGAACUUGGGAAAUAGAACUAUCUACAUAGCAAGGUUACGGGUCGGAGCCGAAUAAGCUUGAAGUAGACAAAGUUGACCAAGUAUUUGGAGGAUGAAGAACGUCGACA